AUGGUUCAACUCACCAACUCCGUCCUCGUUGCUGCCGUCAUCGUCGCCCCCACUCUUGCUUCCCACCUCGGUGAUGUGCACCACGAGACUUUGCACGCUCGCGACCCUAGGCUGAGUGCACUCAUCAAGAAGGUCGGAAGAAACACCCCGGGUGCUAUCAGCACUGCCGCCACCGUCGCCGGUGCUGCCGCCGCGUUGGCUCCCGCUCAGACAGUUGCACGCGAUCUCGAGGAGCUGGAAGAGCUCGCUGCCCGCGACCCCAAGCUCGGUGCAAUCCUUAAGAAGGUCGGAAGGAAUACAUCCAGCGCUCUCGGAAUGGCAGCCACUGUCGGCGGAGCUGCUGCUGCCUUGGUGCCUCCUCCCACUCAACGGGAGCUGGACGCCCUCGAGGUCCUCGCUGCUCGGGAGCCCAUCUUUGGCAAGAUCCUCCGGGUCGCCAAGAAGGUUGCGGGUGGUGCUGCUCAAGUCGCUGCUGGCGCUCUUUCUGGCCGCGAUUUCGAAGCCGAGGUCGAGUUCACUGCCCGGGACAUCGAGAUGCUCGAGGAACUGGCCGAGCGAGAGCCCAUCUUCGGAAAGGCCUUCCGGGCCAUCAAGAAGGUUGCCGGUGGUGCUGCCCAAGUCGCAGCGGGUGCGCUCGCCGGUCGUGACGUCGAGGAGUUCCAGGAGUUCACCACUCGUGCUCGGGCACGCCGACCUCAGGCUCCUGCGCGUGGGAGGAGCACACUUUCGCGGGUCGCCAGCAAACUGACCAACCCCGACACCCUGAACUCGGUAGCACAGCUGUCCAGCAACGCCGUCUACCUCCACCAGGCCCAUCAGGCUAACAAGUUUGCCAAACAAGAGGCCGCUGCGAUGUCUGCUACCCCCUCCACAACGGAGGCCACUCAGUACACUGCCCGGGAGUUCGAGGAAGAGUUCGGCCUCACCGCUCGCGAGAUGGACACCUUGGAGGAGCUCGUCCUCCGUGAACCCAUCUUCGGCAAGGUUCUCCGGGUCGCAAAAAAGGUUGCUGGCGGUGCUGUUCAGGUUGCCGCUGGUGCGCUUUCCGGCCGCGAGUACGACGACGUCGAGGAGUUCACCGCUCGUGAGCUCGAGAUCAUGGACGAACUCGAAGCCCGCGACCCGUUCCUCGGCAAGAUCUUCCGCAAGGUCAAGGGUUUCUUCAAGGGCAAAUCCGCCGCCGCCGCCGCCGCCGAACCUGCUGCCGAAGAACAACAACCCGCCGCCCGAGAAUACGACGACUUCGAAGAGUUCACCGUUCGUGACCUUGAGCUGAUGGAUGAGCUCGAGGCACGCAACCCUUUCCUCGGCAAGAUCUUCAGGAAGGUGAAGGGUUUCUUCAAGGGUAAGGCAGCAGCUGCCCCCGCUGCGCAACCCGCGGCUGAGGAGCAGCCCGUGCAACGCGACCUGGAGAACGUCGAGGAGCUUGCUGGACGUGAAUACUACUACGACGAGCUUGAUUAA